AUGAAGCCUUCGGUGCAGGAGGAGGUAGAAGAUGACCUCGCUGCGGAGGAGGAGAACAAGCUGAUAAAUGAGAAGAACGCGCCUUAUUUAUACGACGUCGUCAUCACGCAUGCCCUCGAUUGGCCUAGCCUAACAUGCCAGUGGUUCCCCGACAAAGAAUCGCCACCCGGCAAGCCCUAUACGACCCACCGACUGUUGUUGGGAACCCACACUUCCGGCCAAGCCCAGGAUUAUCUGCAGAUAGCCACUGUCCAGCUUCCAAAACGAGACGAUAGCGCCUCUGCGGACAGACUUGACCGCGCCGAUUAUGACGACGAGCGGGGCGAGCUGGGCGGCCAUUCCAUCCCGCCCCAGCCCCGCAUCCAAAUCAUUCAGAGGAUCAACCAUACCGGGGAAGUCAACAGAGCGCGCUAUAUGCCCCAGAACCCUGAUCUCAUUGCGACCAAAGCCGUUUCCGGCGAGGUGUUCGUAUUUGACCGAACAAAACAUUCUAGCGAGCCCGAGCGUGGCCGGCCAUAUUCUUGGUGCCUCAGAGGAUACAACUGUGUGCCACUGGUGAGGGACAUCAACUCCUACACGAAAGCGAAGAACACCAUUGAGCCCACAACAGUGUUCAGAGGGCACACUUCGGUCGUUGGAGAUGUUGACUGGAACUCAAAACAUGAAAACAUUCUGGCCAGUGUCGGAGAUGAUAAGAUGCUCAUGGUUUGGGACACACGAGCAUCGUCUGAGCCAGUAAAUAAGAUCCAGGCCCACGACCGAGAGAUCUUGGCAGUAGCAUACAGCCCUGCUGUGGAUCAUCUUCUCCUCACUGGUAGUGCUGAUUCGACAGUCGUACUGCACGAUAUGCGGGCUCCGUCCAAGAGAUUGCAUACGUUUGAGUCCCACACAGACGAAGUCCUUCACGUUGCAUGGUCGCCUCAUAAUGCUACUAUAUUCGCAUCUGCAUCCAGUGACAGGAGGGUAAACGUGUGGGACUUGUCGCAAAUCGGCGUAGAACAGACACCUGACGAACAGGAAGAUGGUCCACCGGAGCUGCUCUUCGUCCACGGAGGCCACACAUCACGCCCUACCGACUUCUGCUGGGCUCCCGGUGAGGCGGAGAGUUGGACGGCCACCAGCGCGUCAGAGGACAACAUUAUCAUGGUUUGGCAACCGACUAUGCAUGUAUGGGCAGGAGACACGGUCAAAAUCGACGAGCGGGAGCUCGAGGAGCCAAUGGAGGGAAUAGAAAGUACUGCCGAUGCCGAGGACGAUGCUGGCCCCUCUGGUGAGGGCGGCAGCGACAUUUCCAAGAGGGUUGACGGUGAAAGCUAGGGUACUGACAGACAUUAUCAGUGGCGCGCGUGCAUGCAUGUCUAUCAGCAUUUCAGACGGGGAGCAAUGUAAUAGGAAACCGAGAUCUGUUGUACAACUCU